AUGCAAGUUCGCUCUGGCUGCUCCUGCCGAUGCCGUUUCGGCCUUCCGCCGUCGUUCCCGUGCAGCGUUCUGCCUCUCGGAAAGGCGAAUGUGGCCCGCGGUGUCGACGCUGUGCAUGCGGCGCCGUUCUCGUUUUCACGCGCCGCCUCCGGAACACAGAGAGGCCGUUGUGCCCGAGUUCGCACGAAUCACUCGGGCCGGGAGGACCGCGUCUACCGCCGAGAAAACCACGCUGUGUUGCUCAGACGGGCGUUCUCCACUUCUGGGCACUGGCCGCGGACUACCCAAAGACAGGGGAGUCUCCAGGCAUCGAGUGCGCGACGUGCGAGCGCCGCGCGCAUCAACGCGGCCGUCGACAGGCUGACGAGCAAUAUCCACGACAUUUCGGACAUGAGUCCUCACGUGCUUACCGCCGCAGCAACGACCGCAGCGAAGCGUGGACUGAAAGGCCACUGGGCUGCGUGCGUCGCGCGGGCCUUCGACUUGCGGCGCGGGUUGAGUGUGCGCGAUGCCGCGCUCCUGUUUUCUGCGACGGCGCGGAUGCGCGCGCAAGACGCCCGCUUCCUCGACAUGCUCGCCGACGUCCUCCUGGCAAAGUUCCAGAAGGCCCGAGACCAGCAGGCUCUGCUGGAGCAACUGCGCGAGCAGCAACAGCGACAGCGGCGACGGGACAGCUCCAGGGCUGAGGCGUCUCUCCCGGCUUCUCGAAGCCGCCCCACGCAGCCUCGCGCACUCUCGCCGUCGUGCUCAGGACCAUGCGACGCCUCCGUUUCCGAAGCCCCUUCUGAUGCCCCUGCGGGCGCGUUUUCCUCGUCGUUUUCUCGCUCCUUGUCGCCUGGUCCUUCUCAGUCGAGCGCCGGUUCCUUCCCGCCUUCGCCGACUCCUGGCUCGCCCGCAUCGUCUCGUCUCGCUGCGCCUCUCGCUCCUUCUUCUCUCUGUCCCUCAGCUGACGCUGCAGUGCCCGUCACCGACCCGCCGCGCGCCGCCUUCUCGCCGUUCGCGAUCUACUCCGUCGCCGUUGCGUGCGCCUCUCUGCGGUACUUCAACGAGGCGCUUCUGACCGCCUUGGCCACCAGUGCAGCGCACGUGCCUCUCUCGGCGUUCAGCGGCUUCGAUCUCGUCGGUCUCUUGGCGUCGUUUGCGUCUCUCAACUUCGUCCCUCCCGCCCCGUUCCUCAGAGAAGCGCACGCACUGCUCGGAGAAGAAAUGCGACUGUGGAACUCACGCGUUCAGCGGACUCUUCGCCUUGAGGGCGCUGGACCACCCCCGCUGGAGCGGCGAGACUGCACAGACUCUCGAGCGGGGCUGGGCACCCUGGGCGGAAUGGGGGCGGUUGGCUCUGCAGCCUCACAGUCUCGACAGAUCUCCCUGCGACGGCAGUCUCAGGAUUUCCCUGACGGCGGCUGCAGGAAGGGCGGGGCGGACCGUGAACCUUCCUCACUGCCGCAGACGGGGAGUGGAAAUCGCCCAGAUGCAGCGGGGAAGAGCGGAGAAACUGAGGAGCCUCAAGAAGGAGAUGCACUGCCUCGAGACCUUUCGAGUCGCGAACUGCCGAUCGCCGAAGCGGUGACUCACGGGAAUCUUGCAGAUCGGCAGACGGUGAAUGUCGCGUCCGUUCUUCACUCGAUGGCCCAGUUCGCGGAAAAGAGUGAAGAGCGGUCGGCGCCUGGCAGGGAGACCGGCCGUGGCUUUCGCAGGGCUCCGAGGUCGGAAGACGCGGACCCAAAAAGACAGCGGCGCGGUCUUGAAGUCGGCGGAGACGAGCAGGCAGCAUUCUUCAGCGCUUGUCUGAGUCUCAUCCGCACUCACCUGGCUGCACACCUCCGGAGCGCCCCGGUCCCCCAGGUUGGUCUCCCAUUCUCCGGUCGCGCCGCAAGCGGCACUUCCGCCGCUGCCGCAGAGAAGGUACAAACAUGGGCGCACGAAACAAACCCGCUCACGGACGCUUCGCGGCCUGUGGACCUGGACCCGCAACCUAGGCGAGCUUGUCCUCGUUACAACUUUGCGUUUUCGUUGACCUCCCUCCGCGAUGUUUCUGCCAUCGCGAGCGUUCUCAACUUCCUCCCGUCUCUGGAGGUGUAUUCCGCCUUGAAGGAAGCGCAGGCUCCUCCGGAGCCGUCCUCGUCGGUCGUGCACGCCAUCCUCGCCGACCUAGCCCUCCUGGCGCCUCGCAUUGCUGAGCGCACUGGGAACCCAGAGGCUGCUCCAGUCACCGUAGGUCUCGCUGCGCGGACUACGAGCGCCAACCGGCACUCUUCUGUCGCGUCGCCCGUUCCCGCUGUCUCGACGGACGCCUCGUCCGCGCCGCAGAGAGACGUGCGUCUCGGUCCGAGCGAAUCCCCGCUCGGUCCGGGACAGGUUGUCCCUGGUUGUCCCCGGGCCCUCGCGUCUCGCGUCGGCGUCCGCCCCUCCUCCUCGCCGGCGACGUUUCUGUCCCUGCUCGCCAUUGCGCGAGCGCACUCCCGACUCCACCCGCCUAUCCGUCCGCCUGUUCCCCUCCUUUCCUGCUGUCUCCGCGAAAUGCAGCGGCACCCGUCGCUGCUCACCGCCACGCGCUUUGUCGGACUCUGGCGCGUCUUCUCUUCGGUGUGUCCCCGCAGUGAGGAACUUGCCCGGCUCCGGAGCUCCCCUGCGGGCCGUGCUACGUGGGAAGCCCCGCGGCCGCGUGGGGAGAUGUCAGAGGCCUCUGCAGAAAUCGGUCCGUCGUUUCUCGACGAAACGCCCUCAAGCCUGCUGUUUGCCGACCAGGAUACGGCGCGCGUGGCUGCUCUGGGGCGCACUGCUUUCGCCUUUCUGUGCCAACAUUCCGAGCGAUUGAUCUUCGCAUGCACGCUGCCGCAGCUAGCGUCUGUGGCCUCGUCGCUGCUGGCCUUCGAACCCCUUUUCAAGACUGCCGACGGACGCGACGAAUCCCGGCGCGUGUACGCCGUGCAGGCUACCUCGAUCGCCGACGCAAUUCGCCGCCGCCUGUUGCAGCUCUACCGCAUGCAGGAGCGCACUGUGGGUGCGACCGUGCAAGGCGACGCCGAACGGGCAGGAAGCGGUCUCGAGGGCGACUCGUCCACCGAGUCCGGCGAUGUCGAGGCGACGACGCACGCGGGACAGAGUCGCGCCUCCACUGACCUUCCCGAAGCCAUCUCCUGGACUGCACGGGCGAAUUGCGCAGCCCCAGGGGAACUUCUGCAACGGCCGCAACAAGUUGUGUGGCUCUUGGGAGUCCUUGGACGCUUCACCCCAGAAAGUGGUCAGUACGCAGCUUUGCCUCUCUUGACCGCUCUUUGUUCGGGCGUCGGCGACGCCUGCAAGACUCCGGCGAUUCGCAUCUUUCCACAGCCGAGCAGUUCGCGUAAAGAGUCUCUGCCAAAGGCUGGUGCCGUAAGCGAGCUGGGGGUCGACGGGCGCCCCGAACGCGCGAACGCGACAGAAACUCUCCCGCGAGUCUGUGUUUCACCCUGGGUCCUCGGUCUGAGUGCGCAAGAGGUUGCUGUCCUGCUGAGAGCAAUGGCGAGGCUGCAUCUUCGGUACACCCCGCUUCUGACCCAGCUCGGCUUCCACCUCUCGGCGCUGUUCGACAACUCGCGCGAAGGCAUCGGUCGAAAGGCAGGCCAACGCUCCACGAGGGAGGGAAGGCCCGAAGCGCAGCCACCCCAAGGAACGGCCGCGGCAGCGGUUCCACCGGUCGACCGCCCGGAACCGGCGGUUCAGGACGACGCUAGGGAAGAGAAAUUGACGGCCGGGGAUCGCGGUCCUCACUCGGAGCUGUGGAGUGCGGCGCACGAUGCUCAUGGUUUCACUUCUGGUUCGCCUUCCUCCGCUUCCGUGCCGUCUUCUCCUCCGCUUGCCUCGGGUCAUGCGAGUUCCUCGUCUCUCGCAAGCAUCCUCCUUGCUCUCGCGAAACUGGCCUUUCAUCCUUUCUUUUUGUCGGGGUCGCCGCAUCGAGGCCCAGCGUCGUCGUGCGCCCCGGUGUGUGGUACCAACGGCCUGCCUCUCAGCGUGUCACAGCUGAGAGACGCAUCUCGGUCCAGUCCUCGGGGUACGGAUCCUUCGCAGACAGAACCGCAUUGCCGCUCUCAGGACGCAGCAGCUGCCUUGGCGUGGACCGCCGUCUUGCGGAGACUAAGUCUCCGCUGCGCAGCACGGCCUUGGGUGGAGUCGUCGGAGUCCCAGUCCCCUGCGCGCUCAGAAGGCCGGUCUGCUGAGGGCCUCGGAAUUCAACGGGACAUGUCGGCUACACGCAGCCACAGAGACGACGACCUCGAACAGGCCGACAAGGAAGUGACGCUAUUCACCGCAGUGAACGCCCUGUACGCUUUGGCUCUCGUUGACUUCAAAGAGUGUUGUGUCGGCGACAACGUGCAACAAACGACCCAGAUGCGCGAGAGGUUUGGCGAACAGGGCGCUAGACAGUCCAGCUCCUCUGGGUGUUGCAAGGACGCAACCAGGCUGUCGGGUGAAACCGCCAGGGUAUCUCUGACGUCGGAGGCGCUUGCGGCGCUUACACAAGUCUGUAAAAGGAACUGGUUUACCCGUGGCCAGCGCGACUUGCGGACGACACCCUCGCCCGACAAGAAGGAAGGCGAAGGAAGCGACAGAGAGGAGGCGCAUUUUGGUGGCCCCCCCUCUGGCGCGGAAGAAGUGAAAACCUUCGAAAUGGACAGGUUGGGAGGUCGAGGGGAAAGCGGGGCAUUCGAGGUCUUUGGCCAGCUCAUCGCUGUGCACGCCUCUCUGGAACGGUUGCGGGCGGGAGACGCGCGGGGUGUAGGGACACCAGACGGAAGUGCGGUGCCCCAGCCUUUCGGGGUACCCCCUCGGGCUCUGCAGCAGCGCGUUGCUUCUGCCCAAACGAUGGAAACGUUGAAGCUGGCGAGGGACCGAGGCGAGGACGCCCUCAGGAUGGGGCACGCGCCGAGUCCCGCGACACUGGCAACUUCAGCUUUUCAUCGGCACGCCAUGAUGGCUCUGGAGGCGGCUCUCCCCGAAGAGAAGCUUUUGACCGAAGUGGCGAUUGAGUUCGAUGGCCCCAUGCACUUUUACCAUCCCGCGUCCUACUCUCGGUCGAACGCCCGCCGUUCUCACCUCGGUAGCGAGGCCGACGGGGGUGUGCAUGCGGAUGCUCGUGGAUCUGGAAACUUCGGACGCGACAGAAAGGUGGCGGCCGAUAGCGUGAACGGAGGCGCGGGAAGCUCGAGCCGAGAGCGUGUGCGCCGUUCUACAGGAGACGCAGGGAGGCAAGCGUGCGACGCCGGAGACAAGAACAUGUCGCACUCUCAGAAUCGAUGGAGAGAGGUGCGGAGUGCUCAGUACACCAGUUUGAGUCUUUUCAAGCAGAGGCUGCUGGAAAGACACGGCUUCCGAGUGGUUCGGGUUGCCUACUCCGACUGGAUGCGACUGGACGGCGAUCUGGAACGGCAAAAGCACUUUCUUCUUCGAAAGAUUGACGCCGCUCUCGAUUGA